AUGGCUGAUAAUAGUGCGCCGACUACCUCUGUUGAGGAGUUUGUUCAGACAAAGUUCGACUACAUCAUUUGCGGUGGUGGAACUGCUGGGCUCGCUGUUGCGGCGCGGCUGAGUGAGAAUCCCGAUGUCACAGUUGGUGUGAUUGAGGCGGGCAAGUAUCGUAUCGGUGAUCCCCAGGUUGAUUGUCCCGCGGCUUUCCUUGGGAUGUUUGAGGACCCAGAGUAUGAUUGGUGUCUGUACUCGGAGCCACAGGAAGGUAACAAGGGUCGACGCCAUCAUAUCCCACGAGGAAAGCUCCUCGGAGGCUCCUCUGGCAUCAAUUACAUGAUGUACGUACGCGGCUCGUUGCAGGAUUACAAUGACUGGGCCGAGCUCGCCGAGGACAAGGGCUGGUCGGCGGAUAUCAUGCAGACAUAUAUGCGCAAGCACCAGACCCUUGAACCCGUUGACCCUUCUAUUAAAGACACGUCCACGAUGCCUUUUGUCGGCGAAUUCCACGGCACUAGCGGGCCCGUUCGAACAAGUUUCAACGACAGUCUAAUCCCAGUGGAAACAGACAUAAUCAAAGCCUGCGACGAGGUCACCGGAUACAGCAAAAAGCCCCUCGAUCCCUGGAGCGGAGACCACAUCGGAUUCUACAACACUCUCGGCUCGAUCCGCAGCUACGCAGCACGAGGAUACUACGAGAACAACCGAGCCACCCGGCUCAACCUGAAAGUCCUCUGCUCAGCACUAGUCAACAAGGUCAUCCUCGAAGGCAACAAAGCAGUCGGAGUCAACUUCACCCACAAUGACCAAGAAUACACCAUCAAAUCGACCCGCGAGAUCAUCGUCUCCGGUGGCACUCUCAAAUCGCCGCAAAUCCUCGAGCUCUCUGGAAUCGGCGAUCCAGCCGUCCUCAAAGCCGCAGGCGUAGAGUGCAAGGUCGCCAACCCCGCCAUUGGAAAUAACCUCCAAGACCAUCCCCUCACCUUCGCAGGAUACGAAACCCAACCCGGCAUCAUGACACUGGACUCGCUGUACCAGAAUCCCGAACUGAUGGCCGCUGCGCAGAAGCAGUACGCCGAGUCUCAAAGCGGAGUCCUCAGCUGCACUUCGAGUAUGCAGGGCUUCCUCUCGGCAAAGAGUAUCAUGUCAGACGCAGAGCUGGAAGAAGUAGUCCAGAGUAUCCGCGACAUCAAGGCUACCAGCGCCUUCCACCAGAAACAACUCGAUCAAGUAAUCGCCCACCUCCAGAGCGACGUCUCCGCAAACCUGCAAAUGGUCCUCGUCCCCAUCACGGCCCAACUCGACGGAAUCGAGCACCAGCGUAACCUCUUCCCGCCUGCUGAUCCGAACAAAGCACCCGGACUCACAUUCGCACUUUGCCUCCAAUACCCCGUGGCACGCGGCUACGUGCACAUUGAAAGUGCCGAUCCCACCAAACCCCCAAAAAUCAACCCCAACUACGGUGGCCACGAAGCAGACAUUGCCGUCCUGGGCGCUGCCUUCCGCUGGGUCGACCGUGUGCGUCAAUCACCGCACGUCGAGAACUCGCUCGGUGCGCGGACUUUCCCUGCGCCAGAGGUCGAUCUAUCGGAUCUAUCGCAGUGCAAGGAGCAGGUGCACGAAGCGGUGCUGGGCGAGUAUCAUAUCUGCGGCUCUGUUGCGCUGGGCGAUGCGCUGGACUCGCGGUUGCGGGUGAAGGGGGUGGAGGGGUUGAGGGUUGCGGAUGCGUCGGUGUUCCCGAACAAUGUUAGUGGGAAUAUUUGUAGUUCUGUUUAUAGUGUUGCAGAGAAGUGUGCGGAUUUGAUCAAGGAGGACUGGGACUUUGCGCCGUUGAAAGAGGCUAUGGCUUAG